AGCAUACUUCCGUGUUUCUGUGUAUGCUCCUGUCUGACCAUGCUGCACUUUGGAGACUCAUUGACACAGUUUUGAGUUGACAGAAGAAAGUGGUGUUGCAACAGUCCAUCAAGGAACAAGACGUGAAGACGCACAGACACGACAUGAACAGUGAAAACUUCACCCUGAGUGAGAAGAUCGUGUCAUCUUCCUACAUCCGACAAGGAUGUCAAGCUCGUCGCAGCCACGAGCAGCUCAUCCGACACUUGCUGGAGCAGGGUAAGUGUCCAGAGGAAGGAUGGAGUGAAAGCACCAUCGAGCUCUUCCUGAAUGAGCUGGCUGUGAUGGACAGUAAUAACUUCUUGGGAAACUGUGGCGUGGGGGAAAGGGAAGGCAGGGUGGCAUCCAGCCUUGUAGCACGACGACAUUACAGGUUGAUUCAUGGAAUCGGUCGUUCAGGAGAUAUCGCUGCUAUUCAGCCCAAAGCAGCAGGAUCCAGCCUCCUGAACAAGCUGACAAACUCAGUUGUGUUGGAUAUCUUAAAGCUCUCAGGUGUACGGAGUGCGGCGAGUUGCUUUGUAGUUCCCAUGGCAACGGGAAUGAGCUUGACUCUGUGCUUCCUGACCCUCCGCCAUCGGAGACCCAAGGCACGCUACAUCAUCUGGCCUCGCAUUGACCAGAAGUCCUGUUUCAAGGCCAUGAUCACAGCAGGUUUUGAGCCUGUGGUGGUGGAGAACGUUCUUGAAGGUGAUGAGUUGCGGACAGAUUUGGAAGCAGUUGAGCGCAAGAUUUGUGAGCUUGGAGCAGACAACAUCCUCUGUGUUCACUCGACAACGUCAUGCUUUGCCCCAAGGGUCCCAGACAGGCUUGAAGAAUUGGCCACUAUUUGUGCCAAACAUAGCAUUCCUCAUAUAGUCAACAACGCAUACGGUGUUCAGUCAUCCAAAUGCAUGCACCUCAUACAACAGGGUGCUCGUGUUGGAAGAAUUGACACCUUCGUUCAGAGCUUGGACAAGAACUUCAUGGUUCCAGUAGGUGGCGCCAUAAUUGCAGGCUUUGAUGAGUCCUUCAUUCAAGAGAUAAGCAAAAUGUACCCAGGUCGAGCCUCUGCCUCACCUUCCCUCGACGUCCUCAUUACACUUCUCACUCUGGGAACCAGCGGAUAUAAGAAGCUCCUGUCCGAGAGAAAGGAGAUUUAUUCAUUCCUGGCCGAGGAGCUGAAAAGUCUGGCCUCUGCACACGGGGAGAGACUGCUUCACACCCCACACAACCCUAUUUCAUUGGCCAUGUCUCUGGACCGUCUCCAAAAUGAGAGCGACAAGGCAGUGACACAACUGGGCUCCAUGUUGUUCACCAGGCAGGUGUCGGGAGCCAGGGUCAUACCACUGGGAAAAGAGCAGACCAUCAGCGGACACACAUUCCGUGGCUUCAUGUCGCACUCGGAGACCUACCCCUGCCCCUACCUCAACGCUGCCUCAGCUGUGGGCAUCACUCGCGAAGAUGUGACACUAUGCAUAAAAAGACUUGACAAGUGCCUCAAGACCCUGAGGAAAGAAGGAAACGCAGCUAAAAGUAGUUCUCCUGUGCCUCCUUUGAGCCAAGAGGACUCCACCGGAGAAUAACUAACCUAAAAUAAAGUUUUCAUGGGUAAUUAAAACACGACUGCAGUGCUUAAAAAGUAUGUAUGACAUUUAAAAGGUUCCUCAGAAGUUGCAGGAUGGUCGCUAUAUGCAAACCGAUUUUUGUUUUUUACACUUCUUAGCUCCCAGCACUGUGCACUGACUUGAGGUUCUAUGUUUUAAUAUGUCCCUAUGUUACAUUAUCAGUACAGACAGUGUAAUAAGGUCAAGGGCUGAGCUCACAAGCAGCAGCUGGAGAAGAAAGUGUGCAGGUGUUGAUUAAAAAAAAUAAUAUUAACUGAUGUUAUUGAUUCAUUUCCUCCUCUGUGAAAGUGCACUAAUGAGUAAAUAUUGCAAAAAUUGCACACAAGCAUAUAGAAUUCAUACCGCUGAUCUAAAGUUAGACUGCAAAAGUUCUUUAGCAGAAUCCAAAAAUGCUUUAUUUUACAUAGAUUAUUAAAUUUAACUAGUUACACGUCAUUUUUCUUAAAGCUAUCACAGUGCACUUAAUCAAUAUUCUAUAACCUAUUGUAGUAAAUGUUUCAGAUUUGUAACAAUAUUAGGAUGGAUGAGGUUUUUCCACUCCCUGAUGUCUGAAACGCUGCUUCUUAAUGUUGUAUGCCUUCUCCAGAAUGUUGUAAUGUGAUGCAAAUGCCAUUGAACCCCUGUGUAUCAGACUAGUCCAUUUAUAUUCAGACUCUGGUUGAAACAAUGCUGUAUGCCAAAUAUAGAUCACUCCUCUGUUUAGGAAAGGAAAUAUUCACUAUUAAGCUUAGUAGGAGCCUGUACUGUUUGUACCAUGAAGAGUUCAGGAGCAGUGGAGUGGUGGAUGGCUGCUUUAUCAGGGGAACUAAACCUUAAUCACACCAGUUUCCUCUGUGUUUGCACAUUUCAGAGGUUUUUCUUAGUCUUUUGUCUUAUUCCCUCUGGUCUCCAAUCUUAAUCAUUAGAAGGCAGAGCAGGUAGUAUUCUGAGGCACAAAAAUAGACUCCUGUUAAAGCCUCUCUGACUGAUGACUAAUCUAUAUUUCAAUACAACAUUGUUCAUGUUCUUCCUGUUCCCUGCUGUGGAUUAUCAAGGUUGAUUGCUUCUUUAAAAGCUUUGUGCACUCGCAGUAGAUGCUGCUGCAUAUUUAGACAGUAAAGUCGUAAGUAAGUAUAGGCUGCCAUGUGCGUGGGACCCAGGUGUGCAGAGGAAUAGUAACCUAUACAGUCAGCACAUGUUGGCUGUCAACUGCAGCAAAUGCAGGUCGGAUAACGUGGAGCAGUAGCAACAGCAAAAGCACAACCAAUCUCCUCAGCAGCCUUCGGAAGUGGGCUUGCAUCUGAAAGAAAAGGAUGCUGUAUCAGCAAACUUUCACUGUUCCCAAGCUGUAGUCAACCAUUAAAAAAAUAUAGUGGAAAAACACUGUGUACUGUGGCAGCACUCUGAAAGGCUUAAAUGGCUUUUAUAGGAGAGAGAUGUUCUUAAUGAUUUGGGUUGUUUUUUCAGCAAGAAGUAUGUGGAAUUUAGUUAAAAUUAAGAAAAAUACAGACAGAAAUAGUAUGAUUGCUUUCUUAUGACAGGGUACUGUGCUCCAGGAAGCACAAAUACAACACUUUGGAGCAAACAUGAUUAUCUUUGUGCUAUUUUCUCUUUCAGUUUGCUGUGUUUUUGUCAUUUUUGCUGAUGUUGCAGAGAUUGUGAAGGGAGUCAGUCAGACCCAGUUUUCCUUUUUGUGCUGGCCAGUUAAAGAACCCCCCUAUUGAUCAAGUAUGCUGCAGUAUGUAAAUCAGAAGAGGCUGCCACUGAGAAACAGAACAAUGCACUGCUUAAAUUAGAGGUAAAACCAACGACUGUGGUGAUUGUGAUUGCAGUUUAAGUUUUAUUUUUAGGAUCUAUUCAAUUAAAUUUGCAGCUUAAAUACUGAA